UCUCAGGAGCUCCCGUUCCUGCACCCCAGUGAGACCAGUGUCCUGAACCGGCUCUGCCGCCUUGGCACUGACUACAUCCGCUUUGCUGAGUUCGUGGAGCAGUACACAGGGCAUGUGCAGCAGCAGGACCAUCAUCCGUCUCAGCAAAACCAGAGUGGGUUACAUGGCAUUUAUCUGCGAGCCUUCUGCACAGGUCUUGAUUCAGUGCUGCAGCCAUAUCGACAGGCACUGCUUGACCUAGAACAAGAGUUUCUGGCCGACCCACAUCUUUCAAUCUCACAUGUUAAUUAUUCUUUGGACCAGUUUCAUUUACUCUUCCCCUCUGUGAUGGUCAUGGUGGAACAGAUCAAGACUCAGAAGAUUCAUGGAUGUCAGAUAUUGGAGACAGUCCACAAACAUAGUUGUGGGGGCUUGCCUCCUGUUCGCAGUGCUCUUGAAAAGAUUCUCGCUGUGUGUCAUGGAGUCAUGUAUAAGCAGCUUUCUGCGUGGAUGCUGCAUGGAUUGUUACUGGACCAACACGAAGAGUUCUUUAUCAAACAGGGCCCCUCUUCUGGGAAUGUCCCUAGCCAACCUGAAGAAGAUGAUGAUGACCUGGGAAUUGGCGGACUUACGGGAAAACAGCUACGAGAACUUCAGGACCUGCGCUUGAUUGAGGAGGAGAACAUGUUAGCUCCGUCUCUAAAACAGUUUUCUCUGCGAGUAGAAAUGCUGCCUUCGUACAUUCCUGUGCGGGUUGCUGAGAAAAUCCUCUUUGUGGGAGAAUCUGUACAGAUGUUUGAAAAUCAAAACGUUAACCUGACCAGAAAAGGCUCCAUCCUAAAAAACCAGGAGGACGCUUUUGCAGCAGAACUACAUCGACUCAAGCAACAAGCACUCUUUAGUUUGGUGGACUUUGAAUCAGUGGUGGACAGGAUACGGAGCACCGUGGCGGAGCAUCUUUGGAAACUCAUGGUAGAGGAAUCAGAUUUACUAGGACAGCUGAAGAUUAUAAAGGACUUUUACCUUUUGGGAAGAGGUGAGCUGUUCCAGGCCUUCAUUGACACCGCACAGCACAUGUUAAAAACGCCACCUACGGCUGUAACUGAACAUGAUGUCAACGUUGCAUUUCAGCAGUCUGCUCAUAAGGUGCUGUUAGAUGAUGACAACCUUCUUCCUCUGCUUCACUUAACCAUUGAGUAUCAUGGAAAGGAGCAUAAAGACACUGCUCAGACUCGUGAAGGGCCUGCCCGGGAACUAUCCCCUCGCGAAGCCCCGACAUCUGGAUGGGCGGCUUUAGGACUUUCUUACAAAGUUCAGUGGCCGCUGCACAUUCUCUUUACUCCGGCUGUUCUAGAGAAGUACAACGUUGUGUUCAAAUACCUGCUGAGUGUGCGACGAGUCCAGGCUGAGCUACAGCACUGUUGGGCUCUCCAGAUGCAACGCAAACACCUGAAGUCUAACAGAACUGAUGCCAUCAAGUGGCGUCUGAGGGAUCAUAUGGCUUUCCUUGUGGACAAUCUUCAGUAUUACCUGCAGGUGGAUGUACUGGAAUCGCAGUUCUCACAGCUUCUCCAGCAGAUAAAUGCCACACGGGAUUUUGAGAGUAUACGAUUGGCUCACGAUCAUUUCUUAAGCAAUCUGUUGGCUCAGUCUUUCAUCCUCAUAAAACCUGUUUUCCACUGCUUAAAUGACAUUCUGGACCUCUGUCACAGUUUUUGUUCUCUGGUCAGUCAGAAUCUGGGCCCAUUAGAUGAACGGGGCGCUGCACAACUCAGUAUUUUGGUGAAGGGAUUCAGUCGUCAGUCAUCACUUCUCUUCAAGAUUCUCUCCAGUGUUCGCAACCAUCAGAUAGACUCUGACUUAGCUCAACUGCUGCUACGCUUGGAUUAUAACAAAUACUACACCCAGGCUGGAGGAACCCUGGGCAGGUAG